GGCGUGGGGCGGGGGCAGAGGCUCGGCCGGCUCGGCCAGGAGGAGCGAAGGGGCCUAGAGGGCUCCGGGAGAACUGUGUGGGGCUGGCGGCCGGCGGGAGAGGGGCUUGGGGUGCACUGGCCGGAGAGGGACCCCGGUUCGCCGAACACCGCAGGAGGCGGCUUAGAGGGCGGACAGACAGACGGCAGGGAGGGCCAGCAUGCUGCCCCUGCUGCACCCCGCCUUACCGCUGCUCCUGGGCGCCACACUGACCUUCCGGAUACUCCAGCGCGGGCUCCGUCGCCUGCCCCUGCCCGCGCACGUGCGCACCGACCCCCUGCGUACCUGGCGCUGGCACAAUCUGCUGGUCUCCUUCACCCACUCCAUUGUGUCAGGGAUAUGGGCACUGCUGUGUUUAUGGCAGACCCCGGAGAUGCUGGUGGAUAUUGAGACUGCCUGGUCGCUCUCCGGCUAUUUGCUGGUUUGCUUCUCCGCAGGGUAUUUCAUCCACGACACGGUGGACAUUGUGCUUAGUCGUCAGGCCAGAGCUUCUUGGGAAUACCUUGUUCACCAUGUCAUGGCCAUGGGUGCCUUCUUCUCAGGCAUCUUUUGGAAAAGUUUUGUUGGCGGAGGUGUCCUAACACUACUGGUGGAAGUCAGCAACAUCUUCCUCACCAUGCGCAUGAUGAUGAAAAUAAACAAUGCCCAGGAUCUCCUCCUCUAUCAGGUCAACAAGUAUGUCAACCUGGUCAUGUACUUUCUUUUCCGCCUGGCCCCUCAGGCCUACCUCACAAACUUCUUCCUGCAGUAUGCAGGCCAGAGGACCCUGGGCACGUUUCUGCUGGCUGUCUUGCUCAUGCUGGAUAUGAUGAUCCUCAUCUACUUUUCCCGCCUCCUCCGCUCUGACUUCUGCCCUGACCAUGUCCCCAGCCAGCAACACAAAGACAAGUUCUUAACUGAGUGAGAGGCACAGAAUCUGGGACAUGCAGUGAAGACAGCAAACACAGCCAGAACAGAAACAGCCUCACUGAUAAACUGGGUCCACGCCAAGCCUUGGACACCCCCAGGGGCCAGUGUACCUUAAAGCCUACACCCACACUACUGAAAGCACUCCUCUGAAGCCUUAAAAUCUUCUCUUGGGCAACUGAGUGAGGGAAGCAGAGGAACCGGUUGGAAUGGUAUGUGGGUGAGAAUAAGGAUCCAACCCACAUGCUGCCAACCCACACUGACCUGAAAUGGAUGCUAAUGAUAACCCUACACUUCCAGGGAUAAGCAACUGGGAUCCUGUAAAGCUUGUUCCCUUGUCCCUACAAGUUGUCCUAGGACAAGUAACCUUCAUCUGAGUAAUAAAUACCUCUAGUGGUA